AUGUUUACGAAAAGACUAAUAGCAAACCAAAUUGGCUACAGUUCAACAACAACCUCAUCCUCGGUUUUUAAAAAUUUAUUAUUAUCUAGAAACUUUGCCACAGUUCAAAAUACACCACCAAUUGGUCGCACCUAUGGGGAUCUCAAAGAUACUGAUCGAAUUUUUACAAAUUUAUAUCUAAAACAUGAUUACCGAUUAAAAGGAGCAUUGAAACGUGGUGACUGGUAUAAAACUAAAGAAAUACUUUUAAAAGGCCAUGAAUGGAUUAUACAAGAGACAAAAACUUCUGGGUUAAGAGGCCGUGGGGGUGCAGGCUUUCCAACAGGUCUAAAAUGGAGUUUUAUGAACAAGCCAUCAGAUGGCAGGCCUAAAUAUUUAGUUGUAAAUGCUGAUGAAGGUGAACCAGGUACUUGCAAAGAUCGUGAGAUAAUGCGUGGAGAUCCUCAUAAACUUAUUGAGGGUUGCUUGAUAGCUGGUAGAGCUAUGAAUGCUUCUGCUGCAUAUAUUUAUAUCAGAGGUGAAUUUUAUAAUGAAGCAUCUAAUUUGCAAGAGGCAAUAAAUGAAGCUUACAAUGCUGGGCUUAUUGGUAAGAAUGCAUGUCAGUCAGGUUAUGAUUUUGAUGUAUAUAUUCACCGUGGAGCUGGUGCUUACAUAUGUGGGGAGGAGACUGCAUUGAUUGAAUCAAUUGAGGGAAAACAAGGCAAACCAAGAUUAAAACCUCCUUUUCCUGCUGAUGUUGGUUUAUUUGGAUGUCCAACAACUGUUUCAAAUGUAGAAACUGUGGCAGUAGCACCUACUAUUUGUGGUUCAUGGUUUGCUAGUUUUGGCAGGGAAAAAAAUUCUGGGACAAAAUUAUAUUGUAUUUCUGGUCAUGUAAACAAUCCAUGUACUGUUGAAGAGGAAAUGAGUAUACCACUUAAAGAUCUUAUUGAGCGUCAUUGUGGUGGUGUUCGUGGUGGUUGGGAUAAUCUUUUAGGUAUUAUACCAGGUGGUUCAUCAGUGCCUGUGAUACCAAAGCAUAUUUGUGACAUUUGCUCCAAAUUAUACUGA